AUGCAAGGCUUGUUUUGUUCCCAGGAGCUGUGUUCCAGCCCCCGGUUCAUAGCCGGCGGAGCCACUCGCACGGACAUCUGCCAAGGGGCCUUAGGGGACUGUUGGCUCUUGGCCGCUAUUGCCUCUCUCACCCUGAAUGAAGAAAUUCUGUCCCGUGUUGUUCCCAAAGACCAGAGCUUCCAGGAUAAAUAUGCAGGAAUUUUCCACUUCCAGUUCUGGCAGUACGGGGAGUGGGUGGACGUCGUGGUGGACGACAGGCUGCCCACCAAGGGAGCUGCUCUGCUCUUCGUGCACUCGGCAGAGGGCAGCGAGUUCUGGAGCGCGCUGCUGGAGAAAGCCUACGCCAAGCUGAACGGAUCUUACGAGUCUCUCUCUGGUGGCACCACCACUGAAGGCUUUGAGGACUUCACUGGUGGAAUUGCAGAAUGGUAUGAGCUGCAGAAGGCACCACCCAACCUCUUCAGAAUCAUCCAGAAGGCACUUCAGAAAGGCUCUCUCCUUGGCUGUUCCAUUGAUAUAACCAGUGCGGCGGAGACGGAGGCAGUCACUUCCCAGAAGCUGGUGAAGGGACACGCAUACUCUGUCACGGGCGCGGAGGAGGUGAACUUCCGAGGAACAGUGCAGAAGCUGAUCAGAAUCCGCAAUCCCUGGGGGGAAGUGGAGUGGACCGGGAAGUGGAACGACAACUGCCCAAACUGGAGUGGCGUUGAACCUGAGGUGCGGGAGCGGCUGACCAGGAGGCAUGAAGAUGGGGAAUUUUGGAUGGCCUUCAACGACUUCUUGAGGCAUUACUCCCGCCUGGAGAUCUGCAACCUGACUCCAGACACCCUGGCAAGCGACAGGUACAAGAAGUGGAGCCUGCUGAAGCUGGAUGGGAACUGGAGGCGAGGAGCCACUGCAGGAGGCUGCAGGAAUUAUCCUAACACUUUCUGGACGAAUCCACAGUAUUUAAUCAAGCUGGAGGAGGAAGAUGAGGAUCCUGAUGAUCCGGAGAGGGGUUGCACUUUCCUCAUUGGCCUGAUUCAGAAGCACCGGCGGAAGCAGAGGAAGAUGGGAGAGGACAUGCAUACCAUCGGCUUUGCAAUUUAUGAGGUGCCCCCAGAGUUUUCUGGCCAGACGAAUAUUCAUCUGAGCAAAAACUUUUUCCUGACCAACAAAGCGAGAGAAAAAUCAAACACCUUUAUCAACCUCCUUUUCAAGCUCCCUGCAGGAGAAUACAUCAUUGUGCCCUCCACCUUCGAACCCAACAAGAAUGGGGAUUUCUGCCUGCGAGUCUUCUCCGAAAAAAACGCCAACUCUACGGUUAUAGAUGAUGAAAUUGAGGCCAAUUUUGAAGAGACCGAGAUCAGUGAAGAUGACAUCGAACCCAGCUUUAGAAAGCUUUUUGGACAGCUAGCAGGAAGUGAUGCCGAGAUCUCUGCCUUCGAACUGCGCAACAUCUUGAAUAAAAUCUUGGCUAAACGCCAAGAUAUCAAAUCCGAUGGCUUCAGUAUUGAGACAUGCAAAAUAAUGGUUGACCUGUUAGAUAAUGAUGGGAGUGGUAAACUGGGACUGAAGGAAUUCCACACCCUCUGGACAAAGAUUCAGAAAUACCAGAAAAUUUACAGGGAAAUCGACGUGGAUCGAUCCGGCACCAUGAAUUCGUACGAGAUGAGGAGAGCACUGGAAACAGCAGGGUUCAAACUGAACUGCCAGUUACAUCAAAUCAUCGUGGCUCGUUUUGCUGACGAAGACCUCAUCGUUGACUUUGAUAACUUUGUCCGGUGUUUGAUCCGGCUGGAAACCUUGUUCAAAAUGUUUAGAAAACUGGAUACCGAGAAAACUGGAACAAUAGAACUGAACCUCGUUAAUGUAAGUUCAUUGAGGUCUAAAAUGUUUGUUGUUGUCUUUUCUGGGAGGAAGGGGUUAACAGGAGAGACUGUCCUGCUCCAUUCUGACUGGCCAUGGCCAGUGGUACCGAUCCACAUGCAAGCAUAUCCCUACCUCAGGCUGUACCUCUAA